GACGCCUUUACCCUGUAAAGUGUGUCUGUGCUUCUGUACUGCUUGGCUCCCGCAGUGGUCCCGGGUGGCGGUCGGCGCUCCCACCAGCCACACCAGUACCCCGGACCGCAGCCGCAGCCAGCGCGGCGAGAAAGAGCACCCAAGCUUCGGACCUCGGGGGCGGGGCUUGCGCGGAGGCCGCACCCCGCCGUCCCCAUUGGCUGAGGCUGCCCGGGGCCGGGGUCAACGCGCACCAGUCCGAGACCCCGCAGCUCCGCCCCAACGCUGAUCCAUGCGGAGGAGAAGCACAGGUGGGUGAGGAUCGAGCUUCUGUGCCCGGGAAGCCUCGUCGGGGGCCAUGGGAGGCCAGGUGAGGCUGCCACCCGGAGAGCCCUGCCGAGAAGGCUACGUGCUGUCUCUGAUCUGUCCGAAUGCCUCCCAGGCUUGGUGUGAGAUCACACGUGUGUCACAGCUGCUGGCUUCUCCUGUCCUCUACAGGGACCUGAAUUCCAGCAUAACCAACUGCAGCAUUUCUGCAAAUGCAGAGAACAAAUACAGUCUUUAUGUAGGCCUGGUACUGGCAAUAAGUUCCAGUAUUUUUAUUGGCUCCAGUUUCAUCUUGAAAAAAAAGGGCCUCUUACAACUGGCCAACAGGGGCGUUACUAGAGCUGGACAAGGUGGAUAUUCUUACCUCAAGGAAUGGCUCUGGUGGGCAGGAUUACUCUCAAUGGGAGCAGGCGAGGCUGCGAAUUUUGCAGCUUAUGCUUUUGCACCUGCCACCUUGGUCACCCCACUGGGCGCACUGAGUGUUCUCAUAAGUGCACUGUUGUCUUCCUAUUUUUUAAAUGAGCACUUGAACAUUCAUGGAAAAAUAGGCUGCAUAUUAAGUAUAUUGGGGUCAACUGUGAUGGUUAUCCAUGCCCCACAAGAAGAGGAAGUUGCUUCUCUGCAUGAAAUGGAAAUGAAAUUGAGAGACCCAGGAUUUAUCUCCUUUGCUGUGAUCAUAACUGUGAUCUCCUUGGUGCUGAUUCUGAUUGUAGCUCCCAAGAAAGGACAGACCAAUAUAUUGGUCUACAUUUCAAUCUGUUCAUUGAUUGGAGCAUUUUCAGUUUCUUCUGUCAAGGGCCUGGGAAUUGCCAUUAAGGAACUACUGGAAUGGAAGCCCAUUUAUAAGCAUCCCCUGGUCUUUGUUUUGCUGGCUGUACUCGUGCUUUCAGUGACAACACAGAUUAACUAUCUCAACAAGGCACUGGACACCUUUAACACAUCUCUUGUGACUCCCAUUUAUUAUGUGUUCUUCACUUCCAUGGUAGUAACUUGCUCCACCAUCUUAUUCCAAGAAUGGUAUGGCAUGAAUGCUGGAGAUAUCAUCGGGACUUUGAGUGGGUUCUUCACCAUUAUCAAUGGCAUCUUCCUUCUACAUGCUUUUAAAAACACUGACAUUACCUGGAGUGAUCUGACAUCCACUACUCAGAAAGAAGUCCUCUCUCUGAAUGGCAAUGAAGACAAAUACGUCUUACUAGAGAAUGUAGAAUGUUCAGCCCCAGGAUAUGACGAUGACAUUACCUUGUUUAGCAGGACUGAUGAUCAAAGUCCCUAGAAACCCUGAACUUUAACCGCUAAGAGACACUUGGAGAGGAGAAGGAAUACCUGAUUCUUGGAACAACUAUUAGGAAAGCUGGCAUUUUUAAAGUUCUAACUAAUAAUUUAGACAUGAGGCCAAAUAAAAAUGCCUUUAUUUUUGGCCAUCAAAUUUGAAAAUCAGGGCUUCCCUGGUGGCGCAGUGGUUGAGAGUCCGCCUGCCAAUGCAGGGGACACGGUUCGUGCCCUGGUCCGGGAAGAUCCCACAUGCCGCGGAGCGGCUGGGCCCGUGAGCCAUGGCCGCUGAGCCUGCGCGUCCGGAGCCGCAACGGAAGAAGCUGCAACAGUGAGAGUCCCGCGUACCGCAAAAAAAAAAAAAAAAAAAAAAAAAUUUGAAAAUCAAAGUUUUGAUCCUCCUCCAGAAGGCUUCUGCUGUUUUUCAUUUCUGCAAACUUGAAAUAUCCCCUAAGCAUGAACGAACUCAAAGAGUUAGAUAACUCUCAGAAUAAUAAUCUGUUUCUUCUGGUCACAAUAUGUUUGGUUCUGCCAGGUGGCUCUUCAUUUCUUUGGCCGCUAUUCUUAGUCUCUCAGUAAUUCACAGGUAAACACAACUGUGUGCUGAUAAGCAGAAUAUCAGUCACCAUUCUCUAAUGAGUCAUAGUUUCAAAUUAUUAAAACUGAGAAGCGAGAUCACUGAUGCCUCCCACCUUCUACAACUUCCUUCUUUCUAAACUAGGUAGCUAACGGGUAGAGUGUUAAAGAAAAAAACAGACAUGUUGGAAAUCUGCUGCUUGGUGGGCUAGAGUGUGUAAGACACACAUGCCCAUGAAGGGCUUAUAAAUUGUAACUUAUUGAGGAGUUUGAGGAGAAUAGGAAGGCGAGUUAACUUCUUAGAAAACUCAGGGAAUACUACAGGAAAAUACCUUUUCCUAUUAAAGCCUACAUAAAAUUUUCCUAUCUCACUCCAGGUGCAUGGCAGGAGUAACAUUUUUGGUAGUCUCUACCGUUUAUGGAUAGAUUAAUCCAUUAAUCUUUUCUCAUUGAUUUAAUGGAAAAGAAAUUAGCUAUCUUAUUUCUAGACUAACUUAUUUCUCUCAAAAAAAAUCCUAACCAAAAAAUUAUGACAUUAAAAACAAACAAAAACUCUUCAGGUUGACUGGAUUAUUCUCUUCUAAUGUCAAAUGUUAUUAGUUUUGUUUGUAAUCUACCUCAAGUCUAUUCUGGGUAAUAAUAGUAGAUUCUUUUCUUCAGAAUUCUAUUAAAGUGACUUUAGCAUUUCCCCAGUUCGGUUGAACUGUGAUUGAUUUUCACAGUGAUGACCUGAGAUGACUGCAAAGCCCUAAAGUGCUGGCAUAGUCUCUUCAGCAUAGUUUAGUGUUGAGUGCAAUUCAGUGCAUUCUCAACUUUUGAAAAUUGAUAAUCUGUGGAAGAUUCACGGGUUGAUACCUUAGGUCAAAUAUAUGUUUACUGUGUUGAUUGCUGUUUCACCUUAAUUGUAUAUCAGAUAUAUAAGCUAUGAACACAAGUUUGUACAAAAAGUAUUCUCUCAAAAAGUGGUGUCUGAAAGUUGUAGAAAUUCUUUUAAGUUUCUCUUUUUCUGCUGAAAACUCUGUUGAUUUCUCCAGGACACCUUCUUGGUGAGGAAAUUAAUAGCACCCAACCUGAGGUUGGGGUAGUCCUCCACUCGACUGUAUCUUAGUGUCAGAUAUUUCUUCAACGUCACCUGUUGACAAAGCUUUGCCCUUGGUAUAUUGUGCCCAGGUUAAAGGUUCUUGUAACACAAGAACCCAUGUGUACAUUGGGUUGGAAAAUGAACUGGUGUUGACACAUACACCCAGGAGAAAGUCUGAGAAAGAGCUAAUGAGCUGAAAUCUGUUGAGAAACAAUGGAACAUUUGAAAAACUCUAAAAAUCUCUGGUGGGCAUAUGCAUUGAAAAACUAAAAUGUUGCAAAUCCGAAACCCAGAGUACUUUUUCCCAAAUAGGAAGAUGUUGUCUAAGGAGGAAUAAAAUGCUGGAUCCCUGUAUUGAGACUAACUGUGUUAGUCUUAACUGGUAGUCUCAUAUGUAUAUAUUUUAAUAUGUAUACUUUAUCUCACAUAGAUACCUUAAGAUUUAUUAUGUGAAUAUCUGUACACAUGUCAUUAAGGAUCACAAAGCUGUCCUCACACAGCCAAAUGGAAAGCUUUUCCUAAUUCUAUAAACAUAAUAGUUUCAUUUUAGUUUUCAACUUACGAUUUUAUUCUUAGGUCAGUGGUUAAUGAUUUUAUUUCUAGUUCAGAAUGUUCAUAAAACCCUCGAUUUGGCAACAUGCAAUUAAAUUAACAUUUUUGUUUUAAGAGUAUGAAAUCAAAUACAUAUAUGUGGAAAGCACCCGCAUCAUGCCUGAUAUUGAGGCAUUUAAUACAAUUUAGUUCUCUUUGAAUCAUUUUAAUUCUCAUAGUCUCAGUACUAUAUAGGUAAGGACCAUUAGUUGCUAGUUUUCAUAGUCUUUUUCUUUUUUCAAUUUGUGUUACCUUAGUUCAUUUUUAAUAAUCCGAGUGAAAAUGAAUUCCAUUAGUAUACUAUCUCAACAAUACAAAAUGAUUCUGACAAAAAUAUUUUAUUUUUCCUAAUAAAACCAAACUAAAUGCAAUCUUCACAUUCCAACAAAACUUUGUGGAAAAGUACUUUAUAUGAAUAUAUAUGAAAUAUUUUCAAAUGUUUCAAAAAACUAUGAUCAUGAAAUUUUCUAUUUUUCAAAUGUUUAUAAAUACUGUUCAUUUUAGAAAGUUUACAACUUUUAAACUAAUGUUUCUGUAUGUUUUUCAUUUGCAAUCAAAUAAUGGGGUUUAAUUAUGCUUGUUGGAGUUCAGUUUUGAGUUUCUUGAAGUUAAGCUUACGUAAAGGCAAAAAUACCCCUUGAAAUUAAAAAGAAAAUUCUGAGGUUUAAAAAAAAA